CAAUCCCACAUCGACAUGGAAUCCUCGCAAACCAAAUCUCUCUCUUCAUCUUCUUCUUCUGUGUUUGAAAUCGAGGUUAGGGCGACGUUUAUCAUCGUCGAGAGGAACCCCGUCGCCGGGGGCGAACCGUUUGUGGAAGCCGGGAGGAUUAUUUCCCAAGUGAUCCACGAGUUUCCGUUCGACGACUUGAUCAACGACGGAAAUGGCGCCGUUUCUGACAUGCUCGACUCGAUGCGUUUCCCGGUCGAACCGUCUAUGGUUGAAGAAAUAGCGGCCACCGCCGUACGGUUGGCGACGGACGCUAGGGACAGAGAUGGGAAGGUGUUGAGGAUGGAGGUGGCGGUCGAGGCUGUCGUGGACGACGUGCCUGACUUUGGGAGUGAUGAUAAGGACGAUAGUGACGGUGAAGGGGUGACGAUGACAGCGGAAGAGGUGGCGGAGAAUGUGGGGAAGACGGUGGUUGAUGCGGCGGGGAAGGAGUGUCCGAUUUGUUUGGAAGAAUUGGUGGUUGGUGGCGAAGCGGUCUGCGUGCCUUGCUCGCAUUCUUUUCACGAGCUUUGCAUUGUAACCUGGCUGAAGAAGAAGAAACGCUGCCCUUGUUGUCGUUUUGACAUGUCAAAGGUGAAAAGUAAAGUUUAGGAUUUUUCAAAU